CCAUAGGUGCGAUGUUUCCAUGGAUUUAAGAGCCUACUUUUUUCACCAUUUGUUAAUUUUUGAAGUCCUUUUUACCAUUAAUAAAUUUAAAUUUUCCUUAAUUUAAAUUGUACAUUGUCAAUAAGUAUGACUCAGUAUUUACCACCAAAUCUUUUGGCGUUAUUCGCUCCGCGUGAUCCCAUUCCUUAUCUCCCUCCAGUUGAUAAAUUACCCUUUCAAAAGAAGACAACGGGCUACAUCGGUGUUUCCAAAUAUCUCUCCUAUUUUGAAGAUCCCAAAGAUACUCCACCACCAAAAAGAAUAGAAAGCAGAGAGGAACAUCUUGAGAGAAAGAGACGAGAAAAAGCAGAACAAGUAGUGUAUAGACUAGAACAGAGAAUAGCAUUAUGGGACCCACAAAAUAAUGCAACGGCCACUACUGAUCCUUAUAAAACUCUUUUUGUUGCUAGAAUUAAUUAUGAUACGUCUGAAAGUAAAUUGCGGCGUGAAUUCGAAGCGUACGGAACCAUUAAAAAGGUAGUAAUAGUACAUGACAAAAUAAGUGGUAAACAUCGAGGCUAUGCUUUCAUUGAAUACGAACAUGAACGAGAUAUGCAUGCGGCUUACAAAUAUGCUGACGGUAAGAAAAUUGAUGGUAGACGGGUUCUUGUCGACGUGGAACGAGGUAGGACUGUUAAAGGAUGGCUACCAAGAAAAUUAGGCGGCGGACUUGGAGGUACAAGAAGGGGUGGGCCAGAACAGAAUGCUAAACAUUCUGGACGAGAAGACAAUAGAUAUGAUGAUGCGGAACGUGAAAGGUUUGAACGCUUGAACAUGUCUAGAGAUCGCGAUCGAGACCGCGAUCGUGAACGAGAUCGAGAAAGAGGGGAUAGAGGAGAUCGAGCUGAUCGAGGGGAUCGGGGUGAUCGGGGUGAUCGGGGUGAUCGAGAGCGUAGGAAACGCCGUAGUAGAAGUAGAGAUAGAGAACGUGAUCGAGAGCGAAGAAAGCGUAGCAGAAGUCCUAGAGAGAAAGAACGAGAUCGCACGGAAAAGGUGGACCGUCGCAGAGUGGACGGAUCCCGAAGUCCGGCUAAGAUCAAUGCUUUCUAGUUUCUAAAUAAAUAUUCAAAUUAUUUUUCAUUCUGAAAUUUUUCAUUCCAAGCAUGUAAUCUACUACGAGAUGAUGUUCUUUGCUUAGUUUCUAUUGUGGAAAAGCUGAAGAUGGCCAAGACGAAUCGAUUUACGAUUAUCAUAUAGAUCUAUAACCACUGAGGAACUUGAAAGAGGAAAUUUGCAGAUAUUGACGAUUGGUAGUUUGUAAUGGAAAUGAGUUCAAGUAGCUUAAUCAAGUCACGCUAUUUUGAACGAAAGCUUCUAGGUUCUAUAAGUAUAUGAAAAUUUUCAGACUGAAUGCAUAAAUUUUAUGCGAAAAAUAAACCAAUCUAAUUAAAGUAUUUAUUGCUCAUUA